AUGCCAGGAGCAGGAUGCUUCCUCGUAACGGGGCUCUACCUGGGCUUUUCUUUCUUGGAGCCAUGGCCAUGGCGUUGGAGGGGGAACUCCCUUCUCCACAACGCACCCCGCCCGCACAUCGCCAGCCUUCGUUGCGGCGUCUCGCACUUUCACCGCCUCAAGGCCACCUGCUACUUUAAGGCCACCGACGGCCGAACCAACAACAUCUUCCCACAGCCUCCAUGGAGCCACCUCGCUGCUGUAAGAAAAAAGAAAGUGGGUUUCUUCUGGCAGUUUUACAGUUUGCAUUGUCUAGGAAAUCGAGGAGGGUGUGUUAUGGUGGAUUCGACUCUUAGCAGGAAACGUUUUCCGGAUGGCUUAUCGAAGAUUAUGCUGAUAUGGACGUGGGGGUUAACCCAAACAAUCAAGAAUUCUUUCAAAGGUUGUCUGAGGAAAGCUGAGGACGUGGUGCAUUGGUAAUCCUCAACAAAGUUAAACUGCUCACCAUAUGUUGAUGAUAGUAAUGUUGUUUCGAACGCCAUUCAGCAUGUGAUUACAAAAGUUUUUGCUGGCAACACAAUAUCAAUUAGCAACAAGAUAUCUUUGGGCUAAAAUUGCUUUCAGAUUAAUAUUGUAGCUGAUGCUUCAUCUGAUAUAAGUGGUAAAAUCAUCAAAACAAGCACUGGUCAUGUCAUCUAGAUAAAAAAUAAAGAUGCCAAUGCUACAAGAUGAAGGUAAGCAAGGUUGGUACAAUUGUGAUCGCCCUCAAGGGAAGUUGACGUAAGUAUUCGCUAUCUAUUUUGACAUUAUCAAAACACAAUGUACCCAAAGAUCUGCUUCUAAAGGAAUCAAAUAUGGAUAUAGAUUAAGGAUUUAUUUAUUUAAACAGGAAAGUUUUCAUGGAAACCCUACUUUCCCUAGCAUGUUAAACAAAAAAGUGUAAAUCAAUGGAAGGAUUAAUUAAAAUUUAUGCUGGACAGUACUGCAA